UCUGCUAAUGGCCUUUGUGUGAAGGCGGGGAGGACUCGUCUCGGUAAGGCUGCUGAUUAGCAACAAACAGAAGGUUACGAGUUUUAGAAAUUGGAACAUUUGACUUCCGAGACUGUCUUUGCGGCGACGGGAGCGGCCGCCAACUGUACCGGACGUCUAACCGGAUCUUGUUGUGUCGCUUUUGAGCUCGACCCGCCGGCCAGUUUUUGCUACAUUUUUCUGGCUCGUCGACAAGACAAACCCUCGCUUCGGUGGGGUCGUUUCCAAAGUGGCGAUGCUGAGCCGAUAGCUGCGUCAUCAUGUCGCUUCCGACUCGAGUUGUCGAAAAGAAAUCUCAAGUUAACGCCGGAGGUGAGGCUGCCCGCCGUCAUCCAGCCCCGGAGGCCACUCCCGACCCCUGAGGUAGAUGGGAGGCGAGCUGUUGUCGCUGCCGGUCGGGUUCACGGUGACUCCGCGGUCGCUGGGAAACUGGUGACUUUACAUCACUUGGCUCGGGCGUCUCGUUGGCGCGAUACUCGCCCGCGACACUGCAUUCACUACCCUCACGUCACGCUCGGAUGGACGGGCCAACAUUUUAUAUCGACGAAAAUAUGACAAACAUAUGACCAAAAAAAAAAAAAAUGCUCAAAGUGGAGCUGGAUUUAAUAUUGUAAAGGGAUGUUCGCCACAACUGUUAGGAGAGUGAGACGUGAUGCUCUCACUGACAGUUAGGGUGCGUUACACAGCGGGACCCCCUCGUGAAGUGCUGACCCCCCCACCACCACCACCAUCUGGUGGAGACUUUCUUCGUGAGCUUUUAAAAGAUGAGAGACUGCGGUUCAUUUGAGCUAACUGGCUAAGGAUAUGUCUGACUGCUAGCGGGCUGUUUGAGUGGGCUCGUAUCGUCGGGUCUGUUGUCUGCUGUCACCGCAUCCACGUGGACUUUGUUUCAGGCUCGGUGGGUAAAGUUUCGGCGACCCCAGCGCAGCAGUAACGUCGCCGGGGAGUGUGUGUGUGUUUUAAAAAAUAUAUAUCUAUUUUUUUAUUAUUUAAGCCUGGAUGAAGUUAAACACGCAUCGGAGUAUAAAACCUGUUAAAAUGGCCGGCACCCGCACCGAUGCCCGUUACGCGAAGGCAGCGACGUGUUGUCCGUCCAAACCUCGGUCGGAUGGAGGCCGAGACCGAGCCGGAGGGAUGGAGCCCGCCGGGAACUCGACGGGGCGUGGACUUCCCGCACGGUGGUCGCCCAACUUCGAGAUGAUAGACGGGCUGCUGUAUCGCAAGAAGCUGGAGAAGGGCUUCUUCAACUACCGAGAGGUCUUGGAUGAGGGUCGGAGACUCGAGGCCCUCUCCACCUUUCACCGGCGGCGGCUCGGUCAGCGCCACCUCUCCCUGGAGGAGACGUACAAAUGCGUGGCUGAAAACUACUGGUGGGAAGGGAUGUACUUCCAGAUCAGAGAUUUCGUCCUGGGCUGUCUAGAAUGCCAACGCACCAAGAAAACAGAGGAGCCGGGUGGCAGAGGAUGUGUCACAAAGACGAUGGUGUCACACAGCACCGACAUGCUGAGCAAGCUGAGGAGUCAGCGGGAGGCGGGGCAGUUCUGUGACAUUACACUGCGGACAAACGGGCGAUCCUACGCUGCCCACCGAGCGGUCCUGGCGGCCGUCAGCGACCACUUCCAGGAAAUCUUCACAGAAAUGGACUCUAACAUAAAAGCAGACAUAGAUCUCACUGGUUUUAGUGAGGACAGCCUUCUGUCUCUGCUGGAUUUCUCCUACUCCUCCACUCUGUGUGUUCGCCAGGAGGACCUACCUGAAGUCAUCGCCAUGGCCCGUCACCUGGGCAUGUGGCCGGCAGUGGAAGCCUGCUCUGCUCUCAUGAAAGAGCAGGAGCAGAAACCCCAACCUGGCAAGGACUUUACCUCAGCCUGUGCUGGUGCAUGUCAUAAGCGCUACUGCCAGCAGAGGGAAGGCAAAAGGAAAAGGGUCUUCGGAUUAGAGGACAAUGUGAACAACAGGUUAAGUCUAACGCUAGAUGCUUCAGAAGAGUCUUUAGAAGCAAGUCCGAGGCGAAACCUGCGUAGAACGGCGAAAGCCCAAGGCCACAACGGGCUCCCUCUUAGCCCCUCGCACCGAAUGAAGCUCAUGGACUUCAAGUCUCCCUCGUCCAAGAAAGCUACCGCACCUCGACACACCAUAACCAACCCACAGUCACAGAAUUACGCUCGCAUAUCGCCAUCGAACACCCGUCUUCUUCGCUCCACUCCUGGGGCUGCCAAAGAGGUUCAGAGACUGCUGCCCAUGCCAGAGAGCCCUCGACGAAACAGAAAGACGGACUCCAUCAGCCAGCGCUCUCGCAACUCCAUAUCAAGGGUUGCGAAGAUCGCCGUGUGCAGCCCUGUGAGGAUAAAGCAGGAAGUAGAGGACGUUGGCGAGGAUGAACGGGAUAAUGCGAGAGCACAGGAGAAGUACAAGCUGAUGAAUGUUCUCGGCUUACAAAGGACCGCCCUCCUCCCCAGACCAGAGGAUCUAAUUGGCUGGAGACAGAAGAAACGACUGAGGAAGCUGAAGGCGAACAACUAUUCCCUGACAAAACGGCGGAAACCACGCUCCACCUCCCCAGGACUACCAUAUGGGGCUUUGACCCUCUCACUGCCCCUCUGUAACCCCAUUAACACUCACCUCCUCAACAAGUCUGUAAAGACCAAGCCGGUCAGCAAAGAGCAGAUGACCGCGAAGAGGCCAAAGGCCGCCCCGCGACAUGUCCCUCCAAGUGACAGGAGCAUGCGAAGUCAAGGUGUGUUGCCAGACAUGUUCCAGCCGGCGUCCCGGACCCCCUUUGGUGGGAGGGAACUCAGGCGGUCGGUGAGGAUGGGUGGCGGUGCCCACCUGCCUGCCCAGCAGCCUCGGCGACGCAACGCCAACAAAACUGUUGUGAGAAAUCCAGUCAGGAUCAAAUCGGAACCGGCUGAAUACUCCGUCUCAGGCUGCCCUCUUUCAUCAAACAAUCUCUGUAGCCACACGCCUCACCGAGCACCGCCGUCACACGGGACACAAGCCGAAAAUAUGGUCGCGGCAGAGAAGGUCAAAACGCUGCGUUACAACAGCAGCCGACCAGCUCCAAAGGCCAAGCUUAGGCGAGGCUCCACAAGGGAGGUGGGGAAGACAAAGUGUGAGCCCGGGGAGGAGGGUCGGACGAUUGGGGUCACGGAUCCUAGUCCGACAGUGAAGGUUAAUGAACCUGGUGGGCUCCAGUUUUCAGAGCAUGCGUCUCCGGCGUCCAUCUACAACCACCCUCUGUACAAAGUCAUCAAAGAGGAGCCGGCCGAUCCCGUGCCAGUCGGAGUACCUUUCUCUGACCCUCCCUCACCGGACCUGGGCAAGCGCCAGAGCAAGCCCCCCAUCAAACUACUAGACUCUGGCUUUCUUUUCAGCUUCUGUCGGCCUGCAGGGGGGCCAAUGGCGGGGCUCAAGAAGGAGGAGGAGAGCGUCGAUAUCUGCUUGACGCGCUCCGUGUCACAAGUUGGGGAGAAGUUUGGUGCGGAGGAGUCUCCCCACAGGGCGCUGAGAGCCAGGGGGCCGGCCACCCUGCCUGUGGCGAAGGAGAAGAGCGUGAGCCAAAGCAAGGUUCAGAGACCCAGGAAAAACUCCCGACAGCUGGGCAAAUCUGUCGAGUCAAAGGCCAUAAGGACCAUGCCAAAGCAGCAAGGUGCUCUCCCUCUGAGCAGCAGGAGCUGCGUCGUGCUGGAUGCUGCCAGUCGGGCGAGGCUAAGGCAGCUCAGAGGGCCUCGUAGUCAAGUCCCAAAAGCGGCCCACGACUGUGUGCAGUGCUCGACCUCCUACAAGGACUGUGAUGCUCUAAUCAUGCAUCGCCUCAGGCACAUCGAGGGCAAGCACUGGCCUUGUCUGCUCUGCAGUAAGAUGUUCUUUCGACUGAGGAAUGUACGGAACCACAUCCGCACCCACGACCCCAAGUUGUACAAAUGUCGGAGCUGCAUUGCUGCCGGUUCCUGAGGCACCUGGAGGGUCCGCUCGGGCGGGGAGACCGAGGAUUUAAGGCUGUCAGCGUGCGACGCCAGAGGCACGUGAUCGAUCAGCAGCUUGUACAUAAUGCAUCAGUCACACACAAGCACAACGGGCUUUGGAAAGGCAUAAUUACUCCGAUUCUAAUCGAUUGCCAAUGAUCGCUAAUGUUAAUUAAAUAACCAAACUUAGGUUGCUGGUCCUCUUUGUGUUUCCGUAGCAACAGAAGGUUAAACUUGAACAUUACACUCAGGGGGUGGGGAAUGUGAUGCCACGGUAUAAAAUGAUUUAACGUCACAGUUGUGUAUAAAAUGAAAUGUAAAGUGAUUAUUAUUAUAACUAUUCCUGCUACUUUAUUGUUGUUAUUUUUCUAUGUAUAGAUGAAUUUUGAGUGCACUUAUAUAUCGACGCUUAUGUUGUAAACCUAAGAAGUGGUGAUUUGAAAUUUGAAGGUUUUGGAGUCCGCGGGUGGGAAAACUUGAAGCGAUUUUGAAAGAGCUGGAGGGAAUACUUGAAGUUGGCGGGGGUCCUCGGCGUGAGACGGUCUCUGGGUGCUUCAGUGGGUCUUUGUCCUUUUUUUUUUUCUUUUCGGUGUGCUAACUUUUAAACCACUUGACCGGUCGGCCCCUCCUCGAGUAUUUAUCUCUCAUAGCCGGCGAGCCGGGGAUUUGACUCCGGGCUGGUAUGGCGACGCCACUGCAUGUGUAUCUGCAGGCCGUUUGUGGUCCACUGUCUUUUCUAAGGCUGCCGAUUUUUUUUUAAAAAGGGAAAUGUGUCUUGGUUUUUAAAUGUGAAUUUCUGAUUCUCGUAAUCAACACAGCUGUGUCAUUGCAGAUGUUUUAUUGAUCGCUUCCACUUUGAUCCAAGAAGAAAAAAAAGACACGCGUCGUCUUGUUCUGCUAAAGAUUCCCCUCCUACUGAAUACAUGCAAUGUGUUCACAUUAAGAGAUAUUUAAGUUUAACAAAUUGAUUUUAGAAAUAAAUGAGCUGUCUCUUGCUAUCUGUUUUAAAAAGACUGAAUAAAUUGUUGCCUUUUUA